CCUUCACCUUCAUCUUCAUCUUCACCUUCAUCUUCACCUUCAUCUUCAUCUUCACCUUCACCUUCACCUUCAUCUUCACCUUCAUCUUCACCUUCACCUUCAUCUUCACCUUCACCUUCACCUUCACCUUCAUCUUCACCUUCAUCUUCACCUUCAUCUUCACCUUCACCUUCAUCUUCAUCUUCACCUUCACCUUCAUCUUCAUCUCCACCUUCACCUACACCUUCAUCUUCAUCUUCAUCUUCAUCUCCACCUUCAUCUUCAUCUUCACCUUCAUCUUCAUUUUCAUCUUCACCUUCACCUUCAUCUUCAUCUUCACCUUCAUCUUCAUCUACAUCUUCACCUUCAUCUACACCUUCAUCUUCACUUUCACCUUCACCUUCACCUUCAUCUUCAUCUUCAUCUUCAUCUUCACCUUCACCUUCACCUUCACCUUCACCUUCACCUUCAUCUUCAUCUUCACCUUCAUCUUCACCUUCAUCUUCAUCUUCACCUUCACCUUCACCUUCAUCUUCACCUUCAUCUUCACCUUCACCUUCAUCUUCACCUUCACCUUCACCUUCACCUUCAUCUUCACCUUCAUCUUCACCUUCAUCUUCACCUUCACCUUCAUCUUCAUCUUCACCUUCACCUUCAUCUUCAUCUUCACCUUCACCUACACCUUCAUCUUCAUCUUCAUCUUCAUCUCCACCUUCAUCUUCAUCUUCACCUUCAUCUUCAUUUUCAUCUUCACCUUCACCUUCAUCUUCACCUUCAUCUUCACCUUCAUCUACAUCUUCACCUUCAUCUACACCUUCAUCUUCACUUUCACCUUCACCUUCAUCUUCAUCUUCACCUUCAUCUUCACCUUCAUCUUCAUCUUCAUCUUCAUCUCCACCUUCAUCUUCAUCUUCACCUUCAUCUUCAUUUUCAUCUUCACCUUCACCUUCAUCUUCACCUUCAUCUUCACCUUCAUCUACAUCUUCACCUUCAUCUACACCUUCAUCUUCACCUUCAUCUACAUCUUCACCUUCAUCUUCACCUUCAUCUUCACCUUCAUCUUCACCUUCAUCUUCACCUUCAUCUACAUCUUCACCUUUAUCUUCAUUCUCACCUUCAUCUUCAUCUUCACCU